AUUUCCAUCAUAAAAAGUUUAUUUACCAGCUCCUUUUUGCUGUUUGGUUUUUGGGUCUUGCUUGGUUUCCCAAUUAUUAUUGAAUCUCAGCAAGCAUUUCUUAUUUUUUAUUUCUUGGUUUUUCCACCCCAGUGGGUGUCAUGGGUACCUUUGAUUGAUCUGAUUUAUUUACCCACCACGUCUGUACUAUUCAUUUAUUGACAAUUUCGUCAUUGAUUGAAUCAUCAUUCAAGGUUCAAUAUGAGAGGGAUGAAGGGCGGUUCUCCGAUUUCAAUGGAGUCGAGGUAUAGAACCUCGGCGUCUUUUGAUGAAGCGAGCAAAAGAAGGCACCGCAGAGGCAUUAAAGACUCAGACAAAGUUACCUUCGUUAACCCUGAAAAAACCGCAAGCUGCAAAUUUCGUUCUCUACAGCUCGUCCUCUUUAUUAUCAUCUGUGGCACGUUUUUGACACUUAUCUUCUCUCCAGCUAUUAAUAAUGAUCAUUUCCAGCAUUCUGGUAAACGGUCUAGGCUUGUAGAUGUUGGGUGGAUUUGGGAGAAAGACGUUUCAGAUUCAAGAUACGUGUCAAAUCUGGGUAGUAAUUGGACCCAAAUAUCAAAAGUAAUGGGAAAGCUAGAUGGAAGAAGAGGAAGGCUAAAGCUCGGUCUACUAAAUUUUAACUUAACUGAGGUUAAUUACUGGCAACAGCUAUUGCCACGAGCACACUCUUCUGUAGUUCGUUUAGAAUAUGCUAAGAAAAAUCUAACUUGGGAGGAUUUAUAUCCUGAAUGGAUUGAUGAGGAAGAGGAAUCAGAAGUACCAACUUGCCCGAGUCUUCCAGAACCAGUAUCAGCCCUUGGAGUGCAGUUUGAUCUUGUUGCUGUCAAGCUUCCUUGUAAUAGGACAGCAAUGAACUGGUCAAGAGAUAUUGCUCGAUUUCACUUGCAACUUGUGGCUGCCAAGCUUGCUGCAGCUUCUGGUGAAGGCCUUUACAAGGCUCAUGUGCUUUUUGUUACCGACUGCUUUCCGAUUCCGAACCUAUUCUCAUGCAAGAAUCUUGUUAUAAGAGAAGGAAAUACUUGGCUGUAUCGACCAGACUUGUCAGUUUUAAGAGAGAAGCUUCAGCUUCCUAUUGGCUCAUGCCAGCUUGCAGUGCCUCUUAACAAAGAAGUGAGGCCACUCUCUGAUGCUCUUAAGCGCCGAGAAGCAUACACAACGAUCCUUCACUCAGCAAACUUAUAUGUCUGUGGUGCAAUAACCGCAGCCCAAAGCAUUCGUAUGGUGGGGUCCACUCGUGACCUUGUCAUCCUAGUUGAUAAAGCUAUCAGCGACCACCAUAGAAGCGGCCUAGAAGCGGCUGGGUGGAAAGUUCGAACCAUUCAGAGAAUCCGAAACCCGAAAGCGGAGCGUGACGCCUACAAUGAAUGGAACUACAGCAAGUUCCGCCUCUGGCAGCUCACCGACUAUGAUAAAAUUAUCUUCAUCGAUGCCGAUCUCCUCAUUCUCAGAAACAUCGAUUUUUUAUUUACAAUGCCGGAAAUAACCGCCACAGGCAAUAAUGCGACUCUGUUCAAUUCCGGCGUGAUGGUUUUGGAGCCAUCAAACUGUACUUUCAAUCUUUUAAUGGAGCACAUAAACGAGAUAGAAUCCUAUAACGGUGGGGAUCAGGGUUAUUUAAAUGAGAUUUUUACAUGGUGGCAUAGGAUACCGAGGCACAUGAACUUCUUGAAGAAUUUUUGGGUGGGCGAUGAUGAAGAAAUCAAGGCAAAAAAGAUACGAUUAUUUGGAGCAGACCCGCCAAUUCUUUAUGUCCUCCAUUACUUAGGCUUAAAGCCGUGGUUGUGCUUCAAAGACUACGACUGUAAUUGGAAUGUUGAUAUUAUGCAGGAGUUUGCAAGUGAUGUGGCUCAUGCUCGGUGGUGGAGGGUUCAUGACGCAAUGCCAGAGAAUCUGCAGAGUUUUUGCCUGCUGAAAUCGAAGCAAAAGGCAGGAUUAGAGUGGGACAGAAGGCAAGCAGAGAAGGGGAAUUAUGCUGAUGGGCAUUGGAAGCGCAAUAUAACUGAUCCGAGGUUGAAUAUUUGCUUUGAGGAGUUUUGUUUCUGGGAGAGCAUGCUGUGGCAUUGGGGCGAGGCGAACUGGACAGAUGAUAGCCCGAUGAUUAUUUCACCUCCCAAGGUGGCUCUACCAAAUUUGUGAUCGCUCUUUUUAUUGAUUUUUUCCCCUUUAUUUUUGCAUUAUGUAGGUGGAUUUUACUUUUUUUUCUUCAUGUUUUCUAUAGUUUGUUACCUUGUGAUACCCAGAAUAGAGAUGCUUUUUUUGCUGUUGGAUGAGUGUAAAGGUGGUCUGUGCAUGGUCGCAUUCAUGUGUCAUUUUUGUUGAUUCUGGGUAUCAUGGUUGUACACAGGUUCAUUAACUGUAUACCUUUGGUUUACAAGGAGUUCAACUACUAUGAAUUAAAA